GAAAAGUUAAAAAAAAAAAAAAGAAUUGGAAACGAGAGAAUAAAAAAAAAAAAAAAAGAAUCAAAGAGAGAGAAAGAGAGAGAAAAAACAGAAGAAAGAAAAGACGAGGCGGAAGAAAACAGCGACGAGGAGGCCAGGAGAAGUGCGAAGAGGCCGCCGCCAUGACGAUGUCCAGCUACGAAAUCCGUAAUGACGACGGCGCUCACAACAACGAGAAGGUCACUAAGCUGGUGGUGGAGAUCAACUCGCAGGUGGCUCUGUUCCGGGACCUGCUCAUCUGCGUGGGGCAGAGUCGCGACGGCCCUGAGUUGAGGGAGCGAAUCAGGAAGGUCCGACGUCAGUGCGUGGACACUUGCAAGCACGCUUCCCAGCUUCUCCUUCCCGGCAUCAAGAAAGAAAUGCAGGCUGUCGUUAUCCCGAUGGAAAUGAGUUUCCACGAAAGCGACGUGGCCGAGGGCAUCCCCGUGGACAACCAGAACUUCGUGCACCUGGUGGCCUGCACGCAGCUCAUGUCCCGCGAACUGCGGAAGUGCAAGCGCCUCGUGCAGACCAUGCCCGUCGACAUGACUGAGUACUACGAGAACAAGCCGGGCCCGUCGGGCAUGGGCGGUCUGGGCGUGAUCUCGCAACUGCUGCUGUGCAAGACCCUGCAACCCGACUUCCAACAGGAGGAGGUCUGCAGCAUAGAGAAGGACAGCGACGACAUCAACGCCAUCCUGAAGGAGAUGCAGGAUUACAUGCCGCAGGAGGACGCCGCCAACAGGAACCUGGCGCUCACGGGCGAGGACAUGUUCAGCCUGUGGAGCAAGAAGCGGACGCGACGCUCCCUCUACCGCAACAUGAGCGCGUUAUGUUGCACCUGCAAGCCGGCUUACUUGUAAUACGCCAGAGUCUAGUUCUCGCGCCACUCCACCGCCACCUCCAUCACUCCACUCGCUGUAGCGCCUCCCACCUCGUGACUCCACCUCUCGCCCUCCUCCACUCCCUCCACGCCCGCGCCUCCUCGCUACGAACCCGCGCUGCCAAGGACCCCCGUCUGCGUCGUCGCCCUUCCCCGCGAGAGGGCCCGCCAGGAGUCCCCCGCGCAGCCCUCGCCAGCGCCAAGUCACUCUCGGGACCCCCCCCCCCCCCCCCCCCAGCCCGUGGCACCCGAGACCCAGCCAAGGUCACGGGACCCUCCUCCCCCCUC